GCAGAGCUCACCCGGCUCCGCCAGAUUGCAAAAUACGCAUCUUCACCUUAAUAAUUACGCUUUCAUACUUGGUUCAGCCAUAAGCACUAUCUCCAGCCACUCUUCAUCAAAUUAAAUUCCAUACUUCGGAGUUUCCGUAUAACAAUGCAUCAAAUUUCGUGUUUGUGCGGGAUCAUCUCUCAGCAAGUGACCUCACAGGCGCCAAGAAGCAACAACACCAUAGAUCUAUCUCUAUGUCACUGCGAUACAUGCCGUCAUGCGACUGGCUUGCUUUGUACAUCCUAUCUUCCCGUCGAAAAGCCCAAUCUCACUCAUAGCUUGGGCGUUUUCAAUGUGUCGGACGGUUCGUCUAGGUAUUUCUGCUCCACAUGCGGAUGCCAGAUAUAUCAAUCACGCAGAGGCGACAAUGGCGAGUUGAGCUGGGAAGUGGCUACCGGCGUUAUCUCGAGUAGUGAGGAUACGAGUGAGAGAGUGAGAUACACAGCACAUACUCAUGUCGCUGACACCAUCGAUGGCGGCGCUUCGAUAUGGCUUCCUCUCGACGGGCAACAGAGCUCCCCACAUUCAGACUCUCCUAAACCGCAAACAACUUCUGUUGAUGCAUGUUGCGCCUGUGGAGACAUCAAGCUUCGCAUUACACGCCCUAAUGAGGCCAGUUAUUUACCGCGGCGCAACUACACUGACCUCAUGCAUCCUUACAGCUCCACUGAUGAGUCCAUCACAACGAACCCAUCGGACGAAAAGUGGUGGAUUCAAGGAGAUAAAUAUCUCGCCGGGACAUGCGCUUGCAAAUCUUGUCGUCUAAUUUCUGGCUUCGAAAUACAGACCUGGGCCUUCGUGCCCCGUGCCAACAUCUCUAUCUUUAUUCCCGGCGAUUCUGAACUGAAAGCCCUGGACUUUAAAAGUCUACCAGCCGGUGUUUUGAAGAGCUAUCAAUCUUCGGGUAGAGCAGUUCGUGAUUUCUGCGGAGGGUGUGGUGCAACUGUGUUUUGGCGUGAUGUCUCUGAUCCAAGUGUGAUUGAUGUGAGUGUAGGGUUACUGAGGGCUGAGGAGGGAGCGAGGGCAGAGAGUUGGUUGUGUUGGUGGACGGGUCGUGUAAGUUUCUCGGAAGAGGUUCAGACUGGUCGUUCUGGUCCGUUCGCUGCUGCUGCUCAGACUUUGAUAGACAAGCUAUCAAUAGGGAUGAAAGCAGGUGGUACCAGCUCAUGAGUUAUAAGAUAGGCCUUAACUGAUAUAAUGCACACUCAUAGUAUAUCCUAUAUAUAAACACGGUUUAUUAUCUCUGAAAACAUACACGUUUAUAACGCUUUUUAAGGGG